AUGCAUGAACUCUCGCAACUUGCACGUGUUGAGGCCACCAGAGUCGGCGGUCCCAUCUGGCUGACGCUCGAGUUUCACGAGCAGUCGCUAUCAAAUGCCAGUGAAUCACCGCUGCCGCUGCCGCUGCUGCCGCCCUGGCCGCCGCCGCAGCCGCCAACGCCACCACCGCCGCCGCCACCACCGCCGCCACCAUCACCGCCGUCACCAUCACCGCCGUCACCAUCACCGCCGCCGCCGCCGCCGCUGUCGUCUCUGGUCAGGCUCUGCGCCGUGGCGGUCACGCCAUUCGUCUUUCGUCGAGCGUCCGCUUCUUUUGGACUUCUUUUGUGGCGCGCAGGACUGCUGGUGCUACUCCCCGCUCUCGCCUCGAUUCCCGCUCAGCAACAGCCACAAGAGUGGCCCUCACCACCGCCGCCGUCGGAAAAUCCCCUUCUGGUUCCGCAAGCCCCGUCGGCCAUCCCAUACGGGCAGGCUGUGACGCUGGCGCCGCCCGAGGAGGAGGACGACGACAAGGAGGAUGACGAGUGGGGACCACCCUCGCCAAUCCCACCAGUGUUCGGCUCGCCCCCGCUCUAUCCGUCGCCACCACCGCCGCUGCCAGCAUCGCCGCCGCCGCCGCCUCCACCGCCAUCCUCACCGCCAGCUGCACUCGCCAUCGUCCGCCCCUUCGCCACGCACGACGCGUCAAAGCUUAUCGGCUCGUUCGCUCGAUGGGAGCUGGUGGCUCCUUGCGCUGCGGUCGGCGCUGGGUUUGCGCCCGCCCCGCCGCUGGUGCUCUACUACUCGAAGAGCAUCCGCGAGCUCCGAGGCACGCCGGCCUGGCCGUCCCUCGAGGCGUUCCUCCAGGGCGCCUCGUCCAAGCCGUGGAGGCGCUGCUUCGGCUCCGUGUCUCUGGUCGGCGGAAACCUGACCGAGGCGCAGGACCGCUACACGCGCGACACGGCGGGCUCUGAGGUCGCCUGGAGCUCGGGGCCGAGCGUGCAGUUUUACCGCAUGCUUGCGUACUACUCCGCUCGCCCAGGGACGACCGUUUACUACAUGGAUCCGGACAGCGUGCCCCUGGCGCGCUUCUGGCUCGACCGGCUGAUGCGUGACAUGCACGCGCAGAGGCCCUUCUCCGUCCUCGGCUCCACCUACCGCGGCUCCAACUGGGACUCCUUCUCCGACGAGGAGAUCCCCGUCGCGCUGCGGCGCCACCUCAACGGCAACGCCGUGUACAAUGUGUCUCACCCCUUCCUUUUGGAGGCGCUCUCCCAGUACAGCGACGAGCUCUGGACGACCGUCAAACACUCCUCCUUCGACGUGCAGCUGUCCGAGGGGCUCUUCGGCGACAGGAACGUCAGCCUCGAAGAGGCGGAGCGGGUGUACGGCUACAAGACGACGCCGCUGAUCUCCAACCUCGCCGCCACGCUGACCGUCCCGCGUGACAUCCCCGACACCGUCGUUCUCGCCCACGGCGCGGUCUACCUGCAAGAGUGGCCGGUGCCCGGCUGCCCGCCGACAGGGUUGGGAGUCGACCGGGCGGGGUCUUAUCCGCGGAGCAUGCUCGCCGCGGGCGCGGGCACCUCCCUCACCCUCCUCAUCUCCGACUUUGGCGACGGGGACAUCGACCGGCUCCUCGCGAGCCUGCGGGCGGCGGAGGAGCACCUCGCCCGCCCCGCGUGCGCGGGCUCGCCCCUCCCCUUCAGCCGCGUCGCCGUGCUCACCAACGGGGCGGGGUCGGCCGCGAGGGCGGCCAUGUCCUUCUUGCGCCGCGCCACGGGCCACUUCCGCCUUUGCCGCAGCGGUCUGCCGGAGGAGGAGGAAGACGUGGAUAGCUCCCUCUGCGACGGCUCCUCCGGUGUCCCCGUGGAGAUUGGGCUGCGCGACACGUCCGUCUCGGCAUGGUGGGACAUCUGCAAGGCGAACAUCAGCACCGACUGGUUCAUGCAGGUGACCUCAGACUUCACGCUCGCGAGAAACUUCAAGCUGCCCGUCGACACCGACGCAGCGGGGACCCGGCUGCUCCCCAUCAGCCCAUUCCUCGACUUCGACUCCGAGUCCUGUGGGCGCGAGUGCCGCGACGAGGUGUCGCGCGUGCGAGCGGGCAUUCUGCCGGCCGCGAACAGGCACUACCUGCAGGCGCAGACCGUCUACCGCACCGACGUCCGCUCCGAGUUCUGCCGCGCGCUCGAGGCGGCCAACAAGCGCCUGCCUGACCCUGUCGACCCGACGCCGACCGCCUACUUCGCGUACAUGGAGCGCGUCAUCGGCGACGUCGGCAGCGAGCAGCGUCCGCCGCCCCUGCCCGCGUCUCCAUGGCCAUCGACCUCGCCGCCACCGCCGUCGCCCUCGCCACCACCGAUGCCGCCCUCGCCACCCCCGCCACCCCCGCCACCACCGUCCCCAUCGCCGCCGCCGCCGCCGCCGCCGCCGCCGCCGCCGCCGCCGCCGCCGCCGCCGCCGCCGCCGCCGCCGGCCUCGCCACCGCUGGCCUCACCGCCGUACAUGUCGGAGUUGUGCGCGGGCCAGGCCGAUCCGCCGCAGUGUGCAUCCGCGGCG